AUGUCCAGUUCGUCCUCUUGGCCGCCAUGGCUCGCCAAAUGCACAACAAUGCCUCCAAAAUAUAUGCAAGCAUCCAUCAUAAUAUCGAUCGGCGGCAUCCUAUUCGGUCUUGAUACAGGAACUAUCGCUCCCCUAACUGUUAUGCCUCAAUUCGCCGAAACAUUCGGUACACUCUCAUCAACCGUCCACGGCCUCGUCGUCUCCACAAUCCUCAUCCCCGCAGCCCUCUCUUCAAUGUUCACCGGCCACUUGGCCAAUACCCUCGGUCGCUUAACAGCGACUGCAAUCGGCUCCUUCAUUUUUGGUAUCGGCGCUAUCAUUGAAUGUUCUUCUUUUGGCCUCCCACAACUCUUCAUCGGUCGCGCCAUCAAAGGAGUCGGCGAGGGCUUUUUUCUCAGCACGUUAGUCGUUUAUAUCACUGAGAUCUCGCCUCCUUCCCAACGAGGCACCCUCGCUAGUCUUCCGCAGCUCAUCACCACGUUGGGCAUUCUGACUGGCUAUUUUAUGUGUUAUGGUUCCGUAGAUAUAGCAUCAAGCUUAAGUUGGAGAAUUCCGUUUGCGGUCCAAGCCAUCAUUGCUUUUCUAUUCACAGCAAGCACGUUGUUGUUCCUCCCGCAAAGUCCAAGAUGGUUAGCAGCGAGAGGAAGGUUCGAAGAAGCGGAACGCGUAUGGUUGGAUCUAGGGGUCCCAGAUGAAGAGAGAGAAAAGGUGGAGGAGGUAGAUGAUACGGAAAAGGCAGAUCAGGAAGUUAAGGCGAAAGAUAUUCUUGCGAUUUUUGCGCCGGAUGCUUGGAAGAGGACGGUUUUGGGUUUGUUCUUGAUGGGUAUACAGCAAGCGAGUGGUAUUGAUGGGGUUUUAUAUUACGCACCCAUUCUCUUCCAAUCGGCUGGCCUAACCUCCUCCACCGCCUCAUUUCUCGCCUCCGGAAUCUCCGCACUUCUCAUCUUCCUCACCACCAUCCCAGCCUUCAUGCUCGCCGACAAAUGGGGCCGCAGAACCUCCACUAUCGCCGGCGGUAUCGGCCAGGUAAUCGUCAUGUUCAUCAUCGCCUCACUCUACGCAUCCAACUCGGUGCAUUCCUCUUCUGGCGUGGGUCGCUGGAUCGUUAUCAUCUGCAUUUACCUCUUUGCGAUCAUAUUUUCCGCCACGUGGGCCGUGUCGUUUAGAGUCUAUGUGUCUGAGAUUCAGAGCGCGAAAACGAGGGCGGGGGCCACGAGUCUAAGUUUGAGUGCUAAUUGGGUGGUUAAUUGGAUAAUAGCGUUUACGACCCCGAUCUUCUUGAGUAAGAGUCAGAGUGGUUGUUAUUGGUUGUGGGGAGGGGCGGCAAUGGUGGCGGUGGUGGUGGCGUUUUUUUGGAUGCCAGAGACGAUGGGGAAGAGUUUGGAGGAGAUUGAUAGGGCGUUUAGGAAGGGGGGGAGUGAGGGGGUGGUUGGGGGAGGUGGAGUGGUGGAAGAGGGGAGGGGGGAGAGUUUGGGGGGGAGGAAUGAGGAUACAGUUGGGAGGGAUGACAAGCAUGAGGUGGAAGAUACUUCGGAAGUUGUUGUCAAUACCCCAGCUUUGAGUUCCAGUGUGUCGUUGUCGUGA